GUUGGUGUGUUUUCAGACAAAGUUUGGACAAGUUUGACAGUUUGGGAACGGAGACAUAAGCAGCGGAGGAGCAUGACGGGGUUUUACCUGUUGCUAAUGUUGCUGUAGAGUCCUCUCACUGACUGGCUUCAACCAGACACAGGUAGAUAUGGAGAGUGGACCUCUGGGAAUGGACACCAACAUUGCUCCAGAUCCCAGAGUGCAGUCAAACUGCAGCUUAGCCUUUCUGCGGCGUCGGGCCUGGGCCCAGAGCAAAGACUCCACGUGGCAAGAAUCAGAAGCAGAGAGCUGUGGCCCCCAGGGGCCCGAACAGAACCAGACGGAAGGCCAAGAACAAAGACCCUCAGAAGAACCAGGGCGAGUUCCUAACAACAUCACCAGCUGGCUGAUUGAAUGCAGGACUCCCCUUGGAGCCUCUCUAGAUGAUCAGAGUGCUUCUCCCAGCAGAGGAGCGCCGAAGAACGGCUGCAGCUUUGAAGAUGACCUUUCACUGGGAGCUGAAGCAAACCAUCUUCAGUCCAGUAACAGUAAAUCCGAAUCCUGCUUUGGUCUUGCGGCGGAUCAGAAGAGGAGUCAGUAUAAAGAGAGAGCAAGAAGUAUGAACUCCACAGGAUCAGGGAAGAGCAGCACUGUGUCCAGUGUGUCAGAACUGCUGGACCUGUACGAGGAGGACCCUGAGGAAAUCCUCCUAAAUCUUGGUUUUGGUCGAGAAGAACCUGACCUUUCCGCCAAGGUUCCCUCCAGGUUCUUCAGCAACACUUCCACAGCGCGAGGCAUCGACAUCAAGGUCUACCUGGGAGCUCAGCUGCAGCGCAUGGAAGUGGAGAACCCCAACUACGCUCUGACUAGUCGUUUCCGUCAGAUCGAAGUCUUGACCACAGUAGCGAACGAGUUCUUUCAGCUCUACAGUCAAGUUUCUGGUCAGCCUGUCCAAUGCAUCAGCUCCAAGGACCAAGGGGGAGAAGGAGGGGGAGAUGAGUCGACACCUCCUCUAAGGAGAUCUGGCUCGGCAAGGAAUGUCGCCAAACUCCUCAAGAAAACCAUCAGCAAACACAACCUGCUCGCAGCCUCCACCGACUCCCUUGAAGCACACUCACCUAAACAACAAACACAGUUGAACGGACACGCCACCUCUGAUCAAACACACACCAACGGUCAGGCACAUGCUGGUCCAGAACAGGACAGCUGCAGUACUGACCCCAACCACCAGGCGGAGACAGUCAACCAGAAUCACAUGCGCAAGAAAGACAGCUGUUCCUUGGCGACAGUCGCCGAGGAAACCAACGGGGAUGGAGACGACAGUCCUGAACAGAGCAGAAUCGGACCAGCAUCCAAUGGAGAGCAUCAACCAGAGUCAGUGGACUCUCAGUCACCCAAUGAGAGAACAGAGGAAGGAACCCAGAUUGUCAAAGAGGAGCAGGUGGAGGAGAAAAACCUGACCUCUACCCCAGAGAAAACUCCUCCCACCCUGUUGCCACUCCAGCUGGCACAGCUUCGCACAGAAAAGACAGACUCUUUCGACAUGGAGGAGAUUCAGACUAACGAAGAUGAGGCUGUGCCACCCAGAACUUCCAGAGGCAACGACCUGUUGAGGACAGUCAGUCAGCAGUCAGACAGCAGUGGUUUUGCUGAGGAGCCCUCCGCUGAUUCCAACAGCUACCUGAAGGUGCAGGAGAGCACUGACAGCUGUGACAGCGAGACCACUGUGACAUCACACCCUUCACUGGAUGUGGCCACACCCCUCGCAAUGGAUCAACCAGCGUUUGAGCUGCCAGACAGCCAGGAGGAAGAGGUAGAGCCUGCUGUUGCUGCUGAGGCCGAUGGGAGAAGUAGUCCCAGGGUAGAGAUCAAGCGUGAUGGGAGUUCAGAACAGGUACCGCAGUACACCGCCCACCACCUGCCCAGGAUCAGACCAAUGGGAUCGCAGCAGGAUGAGACCGGGGAGGAGGAGCAAGAUGAGAGUGGGGACCAGACUGAUCCCGAACCAGAACCAGAACAAGAGACUUCCCAGAGUAUGUCUGCUGCAGAACAAGAACCACAACCAGAUUUAGAACACACUCAGAAUCAGACUGCUUCAGAAAAAGAACCACAACACACUCCGAACCAUACCGAGACCGCCACAGACACACAACCCCCCACAGAGGAAGCGGCUGCUGAGGACGAAGCCCAAGAAGAGCAUGCUUUCUUGGCUGAUUCUGGUUCACUUUGUCCUCCUCCUGCUCCUUCAUCUCCGGUUCUCUGUGCUCUGAUCCGGGCCAAACAGAAACAGUUGACCCGGGGUGAGCAGGUCAACCCACAGCCCAAAAUCCCAGGGGUUGGACGAGGAAGACGUGGUGUGCCUCUACAGAGGUCCUCCUCCCUGCCCUCUUCGCUCCUCUCCCCCUCCAGGAUCGUGUCCUCUGUCAGGAUCCAGUUUGGUCGAGGCCAGGCGUCCUGCACGCAGCCCAGGUACUCCUUCAAAUACAGCCAUGAUGGCGAAGGGGAAGAUGAAGAAGAAGAAGAGGAGGAAGGACAAACCAAUUGUCUGUCAACUCUAAUCAUAAACCCUGCCCCCUCGUCUGACUCUAACAACCAACCACCAAGGCUCCCCACAGAAGCUCCCAUCCCACCCAAACCCAUCCCACGCUACCUGCUGCGAUCAACCUGUUCCCUGCGUAGCUGCAGCUCUUCUCCCGAGUCGUCACCGGGAGGCCGCGCCCACUCCUGGAGCACCCAGAGCGUUCCUGAUCUCUCUUCCAAUCAGCAGCAGCCGGGCAACUUCAAACAGAACAUGAACGGCAUCCAAAACCAGCAAAAUUGGAAUUCAGGGCAGACAGUGUUUCGUUAUCCUAAUGCUAAUCCCACAGCUCAGUACAUUAACCCAAGCCCAAAUCCUAGCCCCAGCCUUAACCCCAGCCCAUACCCCUUCACUCUGAACCCUCCUCCCCAGUACCCAUCCCCUCUCCAUCCAUACGCAAGUCUUCCUAACCUCCAUCACCACCACAACUUGACCCACCAUUCUAGUCUAACCAGUCUCUACCAACCUAUAACUCCCACAGUCCCUCAGCAUGGCAGCCUCUCCAAUUUGCAUCAGCCCUCAACCUCCACGGCUCCUGACCACUUCAAUCUGGGCAACUUGCAUCCAGGAAGUCCAGCAAUGCACCACCAGGCGUACAGUCAACUAUACGGUCAUCAGUCACCUUACCAUGCCACUCCUCAGGGCUCACAGUUUGCCUCACCCUACCUUGGUAACCAUAUGUACAACAUGAGCCCACACCUGCCGUUUCCCCACCCUGUCACCCAGUGUCCGCCGUUGGGCACAGAACACAGCCUCCACCCGGGGUUCGCGCCCUCUGCUCCAGGCUUCUUCCCAGGCCUGGCCUCACACCUCGGCCCGGGUCACAGCCUCCAUCCAGGGUUCACUCCUCCUGCUCCAGGCCUCUUCCAAGGCAUGGCCUCAAGCCUUGGCCCGGGUCACAGCCUACACCCAGGUCUUGCUCCUUAUGCUGCUACAGGUCCUGGACCCAGCAAGGGCCCAUCCAGCACUGAGAUGCAGCUGAGGAGAGUUCUGCAUGACAUCAGAGGAACAGUUCAGAGUCUGAACCAGAAACGAGCCGACACUUAUGAUGCGUUCAGUGAGCACAGGUCAGCUCUGCCCAACCACCAGUCUUUGGCAGAGUUUCAGCAGAAGAGACAGAGUCUGAACUUGUUCCGCAGUCAGAUGAUGGAUCUGGAGCAGUCAAUCAUCCGACAGCAGGCCAUGGUCUACAAACACCUGAGCCCUGCUGACAGGAUGGAGGUGGAGCAGCUUCAGUCUCUGAGGUCAGCGGUCAGAGAGGAACUGCUGGAGCUGGAACAACAGCUGGAAGACAGACUGAUGGAACUUACACAUCACACACAACACAGGGGUUUCCAUAGGGACAGGAGUUUCGACAGUCUGUCCACCACCUCUGCACUGAGAGCCAUGGAGCCGGUGUCAGACCUCCUCAGAGAGCAGCUCCACCUUCAAUCAGAGCUCAGCUACGGCGGUCACACCCCCUCCACCGAACCUUCCUCCCGAUCCUCCAGUCCAGUCCCAGGUGGCGAGCAGAAAGGAGGCGUGUACCGGGCAUCAAUUAACAUAAACCCUGCCCCCCCUCGACCCAACACACGCUCUGAGGAAGAGGAGAGGGAAGAGGGAGAGAGUGACGGGGGAGUACUAGAUGAGGAAGGAGCAGCAGGAGGAAUCAGAGUGGGGAACCUGCAGCAGCUCAUCAGAGAGAUUCGAGAGAGCGUGGCGCAGGAGGUCCGGCAGGAGAUCUACAGCGAGCUGCUGGCUGCCGUGUCGCCGCGGCGAUCGCCCUUGCCCGGGCAGGCAACACACCCUGUAGUCACGGAAACAGCAGAGCACCACCCCUUUCGCCUUCAGCCUUAGUAACCACAGCCUGAGCAGCAACACUGUCUGUCUGUAACACUGUAUAGCUGAGUAACACUGUCUGUGUGAACACUAUGUGUCUGUAACACUGUAUGUCUGUAACACUGGUGACCAAAUGAGCACAUCGCCAACAUGUGAUAAACCCCCCACACCUGUGGAGGGCGGGGCCUCAGACAGGACGCGUUCACUUCUUCCUGUCUGUUUGUUUCUAGUGUGCUUGUCUGAUGCAUGCUGGGAACACCAGCAGCCCCUGUGGACCAUCAGUAGUGAUGUGUCGUGGUCACAUCCAGUUUCUUUUUCAAAGCUGUUUUGAUCAAAGCCAGGCCUCAAACUACUACCACUUCCAGUAAUACUACAAGUAGUACUGCUAAUAGUACUUUUCCAGUACCACUACUAGUCCCUGUCCUGUGAAUUUCUUUUGCCCACAAUCCCAGUCUGAGAUCAGAUCAGUACAUCUUGAUGAUACUACUACUACUACUAAUAAUAAUAAUAAUAAUAAUGAGAAAUCAGUUUGUUACUUAUUAAAACAUAUUACUUAAUUUAGUAAUUUGGCUGAGUUGAACCUUUCAGAGCAACAUACAGAGGAAAAACUUUCCUUAGAAAUGCUCUAAGUGCCUUAUUAGUGAACUUUUAAUCCAAACACUUGUGUCUUUUAGUUUGGGUUUACAUUCCUUAAACUUCAAUAAGAGUAAAGUUCAUCAAACUGAGCUUUUACUCUUUAAAGUUAUUCAUUCCAUGCACAUUUCACCUUCAUGUAAACGGUUCAAAGAGGUUUUAAGGAUAUACACUUUAGGGAUUAUGCUCUUACAACCGUCCACACCCCUCCUCCUCCUCAUCAUCAUCAUCAUCAGCAUCAGCAUCAUUGUCAUUGUGCUUCUGGUCCUGUAGCCUCAUUCACAGUUGAAUCUGUCGGUUUCCAUUUUUUUUCUGAUUUGUUUAGCUUGGCAAAACAUAUUCUGAACUAAAAAGAUUUUUAAAAAUGUUGGUAUCCCUUAAACACUCAAAAUCUUUGCUUUGUGUGUGCGCAUGUGUUGGUUGAUUCAGAGCAGGUGAUGAGGUUAGUGUGUGAUGUCAUUAGGUUCUGCAGAGGUCAAAGGUCACUCGGCAGCAGCAGGUUUCAGUAAGUUGACAUGGGGACGAUGAUGAUGAUGCAAUGUCUGCUCAGCGGACCAUUUAUGGGGGAGCAGGCAGAGUAUUCCCAACCUUAGCUGCAUUAGCAUGUUGGCUGCGUCUGUAUUAUUAGCUUCUGACUGUCCGAUGACAAAUCUGUGCAAUAAUAUGAAUAUAUGUAUAUUGAUUACUGAGACUAUGGUACCAGUAAAUCACUGCUAACAUCGCAGGUCAUCCUGCUCAACUGCACCGCAACUGAUACAAACUAAUCUUCAGCUUGCUGGUUUUGUUGAGAGAAAAUCUUAUGUUCCUCCUCUUUGCACAGAAUCCUCAGAAGUGAUGGAUCACUGAUCAGUUAAUUACUAAUGACCAUUUACUCAACAUCUGUUUUCUUUAGCAUUAAAGCCUGUGUAUUGCCUCGCAGGUUUUCAGAUAAACCAUCAGUGACUGAAAACUGAAAAUCUCGGGAGUAACGAGGUGACACAAGCAGUCUGUACCAACUAUAGAAGAGUGUGAUUGGCUGAGAGAAGUGUCAAUCAAGACAAACACGCUGCUAAAUACCUCCAGGCUUUUUUUUUUCCACUUCUUCAUUGCACUUGCAUGAGAAUUUAAAUAACGUACUGAAAGCUGAACUUUUGGGAAACAAUUUAUUGAUUGACUUUUUGUCGAUGUUUGGUUUUAAUGUUUGGGAACAAUAUAUGGUGAAGAGAAUCUGAGCUCAGAGUCUAAGGUUUCAGCCACAUCUCACAGACUUUAUUCAAUGCUCUCAAUCAUUAUUAACUGGACCUUUUAGAACCGUUAUUUUCAUCAUCAUUUAUUGACUUUGUGUUUGUUUAACAUUUUUUAUUUUUUAUGUUCACUGAUCACAAACUUUGCUCUGCUGGACCAACACUCACUGUGAGCUCUAGCGUGUUUUUAUUUUCUUUUAAUGAUCAAGAUGUACUUCACACACUUCUAAUUUCAUUUCACUGUCUGACUAUAUUGGUGUUUAAUAAUUUCUAUUGAUGUCUGUUAAUGAUGAUUUGUACUUUGUAUUGAUGUCUUCUCAGCUGGAUGCAGGGGAAGGAUCACUCUGUAGAGAUGAGAAUAAUAAAGAUGUAUUUAUUUUCAGUA